AUGGAUAACCGUUCUUCAGGAAAGGCGCUUGAAAUAACUGUUCAAAACAAAGAUGUUCAACUGGCCGAAUUAAAUCAAAAGUAUACACAAGUCAAAGAAGACUUUAAAUACAAUUUAAAAUUAAUUGAUGAUCGAGAUAAAGAACUUUUAACAUUUGACAAUCGUUUAAAAGAAUUCAAAAAACAAUUAAAUAAUAAAGAUGGCGAAAUAUCAGAAUUAAAAAUAAUCAAUGAUCAAUUACGUUCUGUUGCACAACAAAUCGAAUUACAGAUAGAAGAAGAAAAAAAACAUUUUAUUCAACGUUUAAAUCGAAAAGAAAAAGAUGUCGACAUUUAUAAACGUCAAUGUGAUGAUGCUCUAAAUGAUGAACGUCAACAAAUUGAACAAGAAAGACGUGCUGUAAAUAGAAAAUUAUCAGAAUUAGAAGCAGAAUUAGAUCGUCAACGACGUGAGUUAUCGAGUGAUUUUGAAACACAUACAAGAAAAUCAGAAUAUGAAUGGAAAAAAAAAUUUGAUGAUUUACAGAAUGAACAACUAGCAAGUGAAUUAAAAGUAAAGUAG